GGCGGCGCCAAGCAGGAAGUGGAGCGGCUGCACCUUAAUUGGAGCCAGAGCCAGUGUCAUUACCACCGACCAAAACGCCACUCACUCACGCGCCGCUCAUCCUGCUCGAUGUAAGAUGUUAGUGGCCAGCACACGCAACACCUGGAGAUGGAGCCAACUCACGUGGGCCAUUAAUCUGCUCGCCUAUUGCUCUGUAGCCAGUGCCAGCGCCUCCUCCAGCGCCACACCCACGACACUAACGACAGCUGCUCUGCUGACGGGUCACCAGUUGCUGCCCUGGCAAACGGCAGCGGCGGCGGCCACCUCCUCCUCACCCUACACCACGCCCGCCACUGCCCGGAAUCUGUAUGCUCCCUAUCAGAGCUUCAGUCAGCAGGAUGACAUUAGCUUCAAGGAUGUGCGUCAGCGUAGCGAUGGCACAGUUUUUCAAUCCUUUGGUUCCUACCGCACCGCCCGGCAAAUGAAUGGAGGAGCUCAGCGUCGCUCGGACUCUUCAGCCAAUGUGGAGAUCAUACCAGCUCCCUCGGUGGAACUGCCCCAGAGUGAGCUGAUCACGGUGCCCAAGCAACUGGUGCCCACGCUGCCGGAGAAUGUCACGCGGCAAGGAAGGAGGCGCAACUACAUGUAUAUACCACUUCAAGCGGGAGGAGAUGCCUCUGGCGGUUCAGGAGCUCUCCUGCAGCUACGUCCUAGCAGGAAUGCCACUUUGUCGGCUCUGGGACCACCUGCCGAUGGUGUGGCAGCGGUGGCUCAUGAGUUUGCCGCCGAACUGGCCACCCAGGGAAGUCCAGAGCAGCAACCUCUUGAACUAGAACUCGAUCCAGAGCGCACGGAGCGUAGUGAUCUCUUGGCCUCGGCCAGCUCCACGGAUAAGCUGGAGUAUGCAGAGCCGCCGGAGAACACCAGUCGCCGGGUGGGCUUCCAGUUUCCCAGUUACAGCCUGAAACCGGCCAGUCCUUUCCAUCCGCAGGCCUAUCGCGAGGAUAAUCCCAUCUUCGGGGAGGCCGGAAGCGGUGGUGGCUAUGAGCCGCAGCCUUACAGCGAGGAUGCGGCAGCAAUUCCACCACCCACGCAAUACGAGCAGCAUGAGACGCGGCACACUCGCCAGUUGUACUUUGACACGGAUUCGGCAUCAUCCUCCAGCUUUGAGUUUCCCGGUUUGGUUAGCAAUACCAAGCCCCAUGGCCUCAAGAUCUAUCGCGAUGAUGUGACCAAGUUUGGUGAUAUUAAUGGACCAAUUACCGCUUUGCCUCAACAGAGGCCUCAGCGAGGAUUCUACUUUGGGGAUACGGAAUUCCGGACAGGGCCACCGGCUCCUAUACGUCAGUUUGGACCACAGAAGAACUUCCAGGAGUGUGGCCCCGGCGAGUAUCAGGGAUCGAGGAAGAGUCGUUACUAUCCAUACAAGUCAUCGCGUAGUCCACGAGUGGUCUUUCCCGCCAAUGACAAUGUGGGCACCACUGGACCCAGUGGCCCAGCAGGAGGCAGUGGACCCUCCGGCAAUGGAGUUUACUUCAGCGAUAAUAUAGCUUUCAGAGACCAGAACUUUGGCAUUAAUGAGCUAUCCGCUGUGCAGGAUGUGCGCAAUGACUAUAGCCUGCAGGAUUUGGAUAGCGCCUCGGAGGCCACCAGCAGUCCACAGUCGGCCAGUACGUUCAAGGAGAAAGUCGACAUCACAACGGACACGGAGUGCCAGCAUCGCGGCGGCACCUGCGAGUUCUUUCUGGGCUGCUGGCUCUCCGGCGGCCUCAUUCAGGGCACCUGCGACGGACUCCUGCGAGGCUGUUGCCAUCGCACGGCCAAGUCGGCCAAUCUGGGCAGCUCGGACUUCAUCGGCAAUGCCGUAGAUCUAACCGAUCUGCCGCAAAAGAACUUUGGACCGGUCAACAAUGAACCCAGCUGCGGCAUUUCGCUGGCCAAGCAGACUGCCCAGCGCCGCAUUGUGGGUGGCGAUGAUGCCGGCUUUGGUUCCUUCCCUUGGCAGGCGUACAUCCGGAUUGGUUCCUCCAGGUGCGGUGGCUCGUUGAUCUCGCGUCGCCAUGUGGUCACCGCUGGUCACUGUGUGGCUAGGGCCACUCCCCGCCAGGUGCAUGUCACCUUGGGUGACUAUGUUAUCAACUCGGCCGUGGAGCCGUUGCCCGCCUAUACCUUUGGUGUCCGCCGGAUCGAUGUUCAUCCUUACUUCAAGUUUACGCCGCAGGCAGAUCGCUUUGACAUCUCAGUGCUGACGCUGGAACGUACUGUGCACUUUAUGCCACAUAUAGCUCCCAUCUGUUUGCCGGAGAAGAACGAGGACUUUCUGGGCAAGUUUGGCUGGGCGGCUGGUUGGGGAGCUUUGAAUCCUGGCUCAAGGCUGCGUCCCAAGACACUGCAGGCUGUGGAUGUGCCGGUGAUUGAGAACAGGAUCUGUGAACGUUGGCAUCGGCAGAACGGCAUCAAUGUGGUGAUCUACCAGGAGAUGCUGUGCGCAGGCUAUCGCAAUGGAGGCAAGGACUCGUGCCAAGGUGAUUCGGGAGGUCCACUGAUGCAUGAUAAGAAUGGUCGCUGGUACUUGAUAGGUGUGGUUUCUGCCGGCUACUCUUGUGCCUCUCGGGGUCAGCCUGGAAUCUAUCACAGUGUUAGCAAGACCGUCGACUGGGUGUCCUACGUCGUUGGACUGACGAUGAACAUUUAGGCAAGGAACAGGGACAGGAUCGUUACGGAAUGGCUUAUUUAUUCUCAUCCAUCAGCAUUCGCACCUGCCUGCUAAGUGGGCCACAGAUUGUUUUGUACAUAACUCACUUCAUUCUGCUUCUGAUUCGGAACUCAGCGCCGAUUUAAUUUAUGGUUACAACCAACCAGAGACAUCUAUAUAUAUAUAUAAAUAAUAAUUGUAAUUGAACAAAUUAGCGCAGUACAAUUUAGAGUUUAGGGUUGGCUGUGUGCGUCUGCAAGACGUGCACGUGUGCGAUAUUAUUGCAAGAAAAGAAAGGAAUACUAACUAACCUAAAUUAAAUUAAUUAUAACUGAUAAUUACGGUCUAAUUUACUUAG